AUGUAUUCAUCGCCGAGCACAACGGCAACGGUUACUGACCAUAGCUCAUUGAGCUUUACACCAAAAUCCGAGCGACCGUGGCGACAGCGAAUGUCUGAUGCGGCUCGUCUGCGACGGCUUCACGGCGAUCAGGUUGGAACGGCUGUUUCGACAUCAGUAGCUGCGCAUCGAUCGCGACGAUCAAGUAUUACAAGCUCCAGUAACGGCGACGAGCUACAGAGUUCAUUGAAUGCGCUCAAACAGAUUGUUGGCAAUACGUCUUCUGGAAAUUCUCGAUAUCUUUGGAGUAGCAGACAUUUAUCUGUGGAAACACCGCGAUAUGGUGAAAGCUCUUCAUUUCAAGCGACACUCUCUAAAUAUCCAGCACUCAGCAAAUACAGUGGCUUUUUAGGUGAUAACUCUAAAGUACGGCCAUCAUACAUGUCAAGGGAUCAUUCUUUGUUGACACUUCCAAAACAGGCAAGCAAAGAAAGUGUUUAUGACAACAACUCUGUAAACGAAUAUUCAAAACUAAAACAGGGAUAUUCAUCAGUGAAGGAGCCAAGUGUAUCACCACCAAAAACAAAAACUGUUAAGGAUGGAAAGAAGAGUCGUAGACGAUCAAAGUUACGUAAUUUGGUAAAUCAAAAAAGUACAGAUUCUUCAUCGGGUGCUGAAGAAAGAGCAGAAUCUCGGGAAAAGAGGUUACAGAAGAAGAGAACGAAGAAAAAAUCUAAUAGUAAUAGUGAAGGGAAAAAUGGUACAGGUGAAAAACCAAUUGCUAAAAAGGACAAUGAAAGUAUAUUAAAACAGAAAAAUGAUGUGAUAAAAGGAUCGACAGUCGAAAAUUUCAAGAAUAGACCAACAUCCAGCUCAUCAAUUUCAUCGCUGAGUCCAGACGUUAUCGUUGAGGAUAAACCAGUUGUCAAAAAUCAGACGGUCAAGAAGCAGAAAGUUGUUGAGCCUGGUUUGGAAUCUGUACCUGUAAAACAAAAUUCGCCUUAUCCGACUUCUAAGCUAGAAUCAGCUGAAGCAACAAAAGUAACACCGGUACCGAAACCAGGGGUUCUAUCAAAGGCAGAGUCACCACCGCCUAGGCUCAACUUGGAUCAAUUAAAAAAGGCUUCUGACAGCGAAAACGAUGAGUUUCAUUCAGCAAGCGAAGGAGAAUCGCACAAUUUGGUGUCUGUUAGCCCCACGCCGAAAAAAGAUGAUUCUACAGCAGUAAGAAACAUGGAGCUUAUACAGGUUCCAAUAACCUUUGAUGAAUGCUUUGAAUACGCGGAUGAAAAUAUAGUCCCGACGCCAGCGAAAGCACCAACAGUUGAACAUGUGGAAGAAGUAGGAAAGCAAAAAAAUAAAGAAGAUAUUACUGCUAUCAAAAAGCCUUUGUCAGAAGAGAAAAAAGAGCAACAAAAAAAUGAUGUAGGAUUUUUGUGCAGUUAUUUUUGUCUUGUAAACUUUGCAGUAUUAAUACUCUCCAUAUGACU